AUGUCUGAUCCAACAGAAGAAGAAGAGAACGAGAAACUUCCCAUCUCAACUUCAGGAGACUCGAAUAUCACAAUUGAAAAUGACAUGGAUUUUGGGCCUAUCAGAGCUACACCUACUGAUAUACCCAUCUCGAGAAUGAACACGAAGGGUAGUCGGAGCAAUCCGCUGGCACGAACGCGCUCUUCUAAUGGCUUUGGUUGUGAUGAUCAUGAUCCGGACAAUACAUGGGAUGGUAGUGCAGGUGGAAAUGGAGGGCAACGAAUCGAUGAGAAAGAUCCGUUCGAGGUUCGAUUCGACGGUGGCGAUAGUGAUCCAAUGUGUCCAAGAAGCAUGGCUCAUGGAAGAAAAUGGCUGGUAGUUUUGAUUGUCAGUGCAAGUUCAUUCUGUGUUACCUGUGCGUCAUCGAUGUAUACUAGUCCAUCGUUUGGUCCAUUGAUUUCUGGAUUCAUCAAUCAAUUUACCACAUGGCGUUGGACUUUCUACGUCCUCAUCAUCUGGUCAGCCUGCAACUUAAGUUUGAUUUUUUCCCUCGUACCGGAAACCUUUCAUCCAGUCGUUCUGAGAGCUAAAGCUCGCAAAAUCCGAAAAGAGACUGGUGAUGACCGCUGGUAUGCACCUAAUGAACGGCUCAAUAAGUCGAUUCCAAAGACUAUUGGCUACUCGCUCCUCAGACCAGGCCAAUUAUUAAUCUUUGAACCAAUGUGUCUAAACCUUUGCGUAUUCUCAGCUAUCCUGCUCGGUAUUCUCUACCUAUUCUUUGGAGCUUUCCCCCUUGUUUUCGAGGGUAAUCACGGAUUUCAGCAAUACCAAGUUGGACUGGCGUUCCUAGGGCUGUUCAUAGGUAUGGUGCUUGGGGCGGCAACUGACCCCUUCUGGCAGAAGAACUAUGCAAGACUCAUCAAACAGAGAGAACAAAUGACAGGAGAAGUCGGUGGAUCCGAACCUGAAUAUCGUCUGCCUCCUGCCAUACUUGGAGCCUGUCUCGUUCCUAUCGGUUUGUUUUUCUUUGCGUGGACGACAUAUUCAUCGGUUCAUUGGGUUCUUCCUAUUAUUGGAUCAGGGAUUUUCGCAAUGGGAACCCUUCUUGUCUUUACUGGCAUCUUCACAUUCCUAGUCGAUGCAUAUCCACUCUAUGCAGCCAGCUCCCUAGCAGCGAAUAGUUUCAUGAGAAGUAGUUUCGGAGAAAAAGUAGCGUUGGAUGAUGGCACAUGUUUGGGGGUUCUUUAUUUCCUUCCAACUACUCAACCCCCAACCACCCCAUCGUCGCAACGCACUCUUGCCGAGCUGUAG